AUGAUAAUUAUCGUUGCGAUAUGGGGAAUGAUAUUCUCAGCCUCUGAAUUAAUUGCCCGUCCAUUUGUUCAUAGUUACAACAAAGGAUGGAUGUUCUUCAGUUUGAAUACGUGGAUUGGCACAUCUCAAUUAUUUCUUCAAAUAUCUCUGGCAGUCUAUGCUAGUUUCUAUCUUCUUAUAAUGUCAUUCAUCUCAGUUCAGUUCUUAUUCCGUUAUUUCACACUCACAAACCAACGAAUUGCCAAGAAAUUUGAGGGAAAAGGAAUGAUUUUUUGGAUUAUUUAUCCAAUUAUUUCUGGAUCUUUCUAUGGUGGUCCGUUGUUUCUCUUUGGAUUACCGGAUAAUUAUUCGGAUGAAUAUUUCGGAAAGGAGAUUCUAGACUCCUAUGGAUUGGCUAUCAAGGAAGUACCUCGAUUUCCCAUUAUAGCUUAUGAAGCAGAUGGAUCUUUGAGACUUGGUGCAUAUUUCAUAAUGAGUGGAGCUGUUGUGAUGAUUCUACAGUAUGCUAUCAUAAUAUAUUGUGGAGUUCGAAUGCAUUUAGUCAUGAAUAGAGAGUUCAAAAACUCUUCAGUUCCCAACAAAAAACUUCAGAGACAGUUUUUCCGUGCUCUUGUAACUCAGACAAUUGCACCAACCAUCUUGUUCGUUUGUCCGGCUGCAUAUGUUCUGUUGAGUCCAUUGCUGAAUAUUGAGAUGAAUUUUCAAACUGGAUGGAUAUAUGCGGCACUUAGUCUAUUUCCACCCAUUGAUAGUAUUGCCUUGAUGUGUAUGGUAUCGGAAUAUCGAAAAGUUGUGAAAGCAUUGUGCAAGGAUCUAUUCUGCAAUCGCGCUAAUCAAUCGACUGAAAUUGAGCUUCGCAGUUCGACGUGA